GCACGAUCUCUAACGCUCGCCGGUAAGUCUGCCGCGAGCGGACAUUAGUCAGGCAGCACUGCCUGCGAUGUUUUACGAUCGCCUCUCGGUUAUGUCAAGGGGGGAAAGACUCUGAGGUCGUUUGUCCGAGGAGAGGAGAUUGGUGUCUUCUCUUGCGACCUGGGCUCCGUUUCCUCCUCGCCCACGACGUACUCUGCCGUCUGGUCGUCGCCAUCGCUGUGUUAAGGUGAGAAGCUGAACGAGAAAGCAAUCGUGGCUUCUGCGGAUUGAAAGGGGGUGGGCAAGCGGAGGCUGUGAAGUUUAAUAUACUACACACACACACACACACACACACACACACACGCACACACACACAAGAGAAAGCAAUCGCGGCUUCUGCAGAUUGAGCGGGGUUGGGCAAGAGGAGGCUGUAGUUCAGUCUCCUCAGUGUACUUUAGGGAUAAGAUAGACACACACACACACACACACACACACACACACACACACACACACACACACACACACACACACACACAAGUGGAUGGCAGGACAGAAAAGACGUAUUAUAUAAUCUGGUUUGAUAUCUGAGAUUAGAUUCGAUUGGGUAAGUAUAGUUAGGAUUAGAUUCGAUCAGACUAUAGAGUGCAUAAACAGGAUACUAGAUUGUCCUCUCAGUGCUUCUUACCGAAAUAGAGAGACCAUUCGUUCGCCUCCUCAGGGACGCCGCACUGCAAGCGUAUUACUUCGUUUUAGAUUAGAUUAGAUUAGAUCAGAUUUGAUUAGAUUCGAUUGGAUUAGGUCCGAUAAUUCAGGAGUCGAACAGAAACAGAGGGUCGAGAUGGGGAUCAUAAUGACCAUUCUGGACACUGCUCAGAAGACUAAGGAUAUGGCGGAGUUCGCCGGCCGACAUGUAUGCAUCACUGCUGAGACCAUUUUGCCUGAGCCUUUGAGCGGCCUGCUAACCCGUCUACGACAGAUGAGUUACAUGCAGUGGUUUUUGCUGGGAAUGGGCGGGUUAAUGUUUGUAAUCACGGCGCCUCCGGUGAUGAUCUUCACCGGCGUUUCCACUGCUCUCGCCGUCCCUGUGCUUAGCUUCACCUCUCCUAUUUGGCUCCCCUUUGUCCUCUUCCUUCUCUUCGUAACCUUCCCGCUCUGGGGUUCUGUCCUUGGCAUCCUCGCCAUCUUCCGUAACGUCGGUCGGGUCAAAGAUAAGCUCCUGUCCGCGUUGACCGACGUGCAGGAGGUAUCCCCUCAGCCAAUCAAGGGUUUGCUGAGAUGGUAUCGCAGUCUGAGUUACACGGGUGAGGCGAUGGUCGUGAUGGGCAUAGUGACGGCGGCGCUGCUCGGAGUCGGCGCGGUUCUGCUUGUCGGUACCCCGACCGUCGUGGUCGGAGGUGGGCUGCUGCUCCUCUUCUCGCCUCUCCUCUUGUUGACGUCGCCGCUUUGGAUUCCCGUCGUGCUCUUCUUCCUGACCAUGGCGGGCGUCGUCCUCGGCGGCGGCGCGCUCGCCGUGGCUAUGGCUGUCGUCGGCUACUGGGUGUACCGGUACAACAAAGGGCCGAUGCCACUGGGAGGCGGGAUGGUGCUCAAGCUUCAGGAGAGGAUGAAAAACACCAUGCAGAAGACGAAGGAGGUGGCUAUGGAGAAAGGGCCGCAGAUGCUCGAGGAGGCGAAAGCCAAGGCGGAAAAGGUGACAGGGUAGACCUUCGGAUGCAUUGGAUGAUGGGCGCCCUCAGGCUUGCUCGUCUACAAUUAUGUGUGACAACAAUGUGGGCAAACGAAUUUAGGAGUUUAUCGUAUAAGUAGGUACUAGUGGACUAUUAGGAUAUGUGACAAGUGAAGUCGAUAGUACUGUGAUAGUAGUUACUGAGUGAAUUUCCCUUCUCAGAUUGUCCGGACCAUCCGGGGGAGUCGCGCGGUCAGCAUUUGAGAGAAAUAAUUUGAAUUUCGGAGAGUUUAUGUGAUCUGAUCGUCGGACGACGGACAUUAACGAACGUGCAAUUUGGAGGGUUGACCGAUAACGAAUUGUCCAAUUUGGAGGGUUGACCGAUAACGAAUUGUCCAAUUUGGAGGGCUGACCGAUCGACCGAUCCACGGGUGAGAAUCCUUUAGAUGAUGUGUGUUUCUCGAUAAUCGUCUCUUACUGAUCUCUGUGCAUGAAGAAGAUCACGGUGAGCUCCGUUGCACGCAUUGUGGACAUCUUCGGCUUUGGGAGAAGGGGUUUUUCUUCAACGUUCUUGUGCAACGAUCGUCUUUUACGUAUUAUUUUGUUUGUCGUCGUCUUGUCGAACCGCUUGUCGAUCGAGAGGAGGAGGAGAAGGUGGAUGCUUGAACGAGUUGCUCAAGCUGCGGGCAAGGUGCAUGGACUCCAUGGACAGCAGCAAUCGAAGGCAGUUGUCGCCGGUCAACCAUUACAGAGCGGUUGACGGUCAACGGUCAACGGUCCAGUCAGGGGUGUUUGGGGUGACCAAAAGGUGUUAACGGUCAAAGCUUGUUUGUGGUCAACGAACGGUCAACGGUCGGUGAUCUGCCUUGUUUGCCCAUAUGAUGACAAGAGCAUGGAUGCUUUGAAUGAAGUGGUGGGCAAGGUGUGGUCAACGUGCCUUGAGAGCACUAAAUCAAAAAUGGAAUCGGAGGCCGCGGUCAACGAUGGAUGGGCGGUUAGGUCAAAAAUUGUUGAUGGUCGAAGGUCAACGGUCAAAGGUCGGCGCUCCGCCUGUUUACCCAUGAGAAUAGCGUGGAUGCUUGAAUGAAUUGUUGUUGGGGAAGGUGCGGUCAAGGUAGGUGCCUCGAGAUCAUCAAUCAAUCAAUCAAUCAUAAUGACCUUUAGAGGUCAACGAUUGACGGUUGGUCAGCGAUUUCUCAACGAAUAAAGAGCGGUCGAAGCCGACUCAAAGCGUGCAAUCCCGGUCAACGGUCAACGGUCAACGAUUGGUCAUCUGUAUACCGAUGAGUGGUGGAGCGCUGUGGUGCAUGAGCAUGAGGCAGCUUUUAUUUGGCAAAUAAAAGCCGUCGUCACUGUAGACCCGAAGCGUGCAAUUCCGGUCAACGGUCAACGGUCAGCAAAGAGUUUAAGUACAGUGACGACGGCGGACUCGGGCGGAGGGGCCUUAGAUCGUUGGCGAUUAGCUGGCUACGCGUAGCAGGCUAUUAAAGUCGCGUGUGUGAAGGACACGUGUAGACCCGUCGGAGCACGGGGAUAUCAGUGUUUGGCGUGGAGAAAAAAAAAAGAAACAAGUAGAAAUUUGCUUGAUGAAAAAGAGUUAUGUCUGAAAAGAAACCGUUCCAUGAAAGUCUGUUUAGAGAGGGAAAACAAAUUCUGCCUAGAAUU